AUGUCGUCCUCGGAGCCAUAUACACGCCCUCAUCCAUAUUCGAUCUUCACCCACUCGGUCGGCGCCACCCUGGCUGGCCACUCUCUGCUCUCCAAGCUCCGCGCCAUCGCCUCGGCUGGUUUCGACGGCAUCGAGCUGUUUCAAGACGAUCUCGAUGCUUUUGCUGCUUCGGACGAGUUUCGAGCUCUUCAGGCUCGCGGCGACGCCCUCAUCUCCGCACCAUUGGCUCACGACACCAUCGCAGCGUUCACCCCACCCGAUUCGCCCAGAAACCACAACCGACGCCGUCAUUCCGGCUCGUCGACUGCUAGUGACUCGUCGACCACCAGCACGAGCGCUACCUCCUACACUGCUAUUCCGGUCAGCAGCAGCAGCAAGGGUCUGUCCAUGACUAGUCUCGACAACGAUCUGCUCGUGCGCACUGAUCGUGGCGAGCUCGUCAUUGGCUCGGACGGUCUGCCCAUGACCUACAACGCUUGGGGAGAAUGCACGACCACAACGUAUCGCCAAGAGCUUGCUGCCGCCUCAUACAUCGCUUCGUUUUGCGACUCGCUCGGUCUGGCCAUCUACAGUCUGCAGCCGCUGCGAGACUUUGAAGGCUGGGCCAAGCCGGAGGACCAACAGCUUGCGCUCCGACGUGCUCGCUCGCGCUUCGAGAUCAUGCGCAUGCUCGGCGCCGAUCUGCUGCUCAUUUGCUCCAACAACCAGCAUGCGCCCGCCACGGUAGGCGACGUCGAGAGGAUUGGAAGCGACCUCGCUCAGCUUGGACGAUAUGCGGAGCACUUCGGUCCUAUUUGCACCUCAUAUCGCGCAAGCGUGGACGGCACGAUGCAGCGUCAGGAGAAGUCCAUUAGAGUCGGAUACGAGGCACUCUCGUGGGGCGCUCAUGUUGAUGUGUGGGCACGCGCGUGGCAAGCUGUUCAGCAUGCAGACAGGGGGAACGUCGGUCUCAUUCUCGACUCCUUCAACACGCUGGCGCGGGAGUAUGCCGACCCCUGCACCAAAACCGGUAUCACGGAUAGGUACGACGAUCCUUACGCGGCGGUCAUGCAGUCCAUCGGCAGGCUCAGCAGUGUGCCCGCUCACAAGAUCUUCUUCCUCCAGAUUGGAGAUGCCCGUCGGAUGCCAGAGCCGCUCAAGCCAUCGCCGAACGCUGAGGAGCCGCGACCGGCGAGGAUGAUCUGGUCCAGAGGCAACAGGCUGUUCCCCUGCGAGUACGAGCAGGGUGCCUUUAUGCCGACGACGGAGUUUGUGCAGGCUGCCGUUACGAAGGCUGGGUAUCGGGGCCCUUGGAGCAUCGAAGUCUUCAACAGCAGCUUGUCGGACCAGGGCGAAGAGGUGCCGGCCCAUCAUGCGAUGCGAGCGAGGGCUGGGCUCGAUCGACUCGUCGAAGAGGUCUUUGCCUGA